AUGCGGGAAAAAUUCGAUAUCCCCUCAAUUGAAUUGAAUUGAAUUAGCGACUUGACAGGCUGGCUCUUAGUAAGGUUAGCACCUUAUCUUGAUCCGGAUUGGCGAUUAACGAUAACACUAGAGUCAGACAUCGGGUGCAUUAGUGCGUGUGUAAAAACCUAGACGUUUAUUUAUUGUUAAAUUAAAAAAUUCGUGGCGGUUUCCUGUUGUAUUUUUCCGUCUUGAGCACUCUCUAGCUAGCCCGCUUAGCUGAUUGCGUUAGCUUUUACUGCCUCUUUUCCUUGUCGGCAGUCUGAACACAUCCCCUCAUCGGGAUUUUUACAGUAGGGCUGGGAAUGAGUCUUUAAUUGCAGGACCAGCGUCCGAGGAUGGCGCCUCUCUUGGUAGUCGGGCUGGCUUUGUGCCUCAGCGGGACUUGGGCUGUGGACAAAGGCAAUUUCAAGACCUGUGAGCAGAGUGCUUUCUGCAAGCGUCAGCGAGCUUUGAAGCCUGGAGAGUCUCCUUAUCGAGCCCUGCUGGAGACCAUGGAGCUGACCAACACCAGACUCACCCUGCAGCUCAUCAAUGACAACAACAAGGUGCGUCUGUUGCUCGAGCUCUACCGCCUCCAGGGAAACAUAACGAGGGUGAAGAUUAACGAGCUUAAGCCUCUGAAACCUCGCUAUGAAGUCCCAGACGUGCUCAUCAGGGAGCCUACCACAGAGCCCCUCUCUGUCUUGUCUCAGGACGAGAAUGGUGUGGUGCUGUCCCUGGGGGUGGAGUCUCAGAGAGUCAUUAUUAGCGCCCGGCCCUUCCGACUGGACAUCAUGGAAGGAAGCGACGUGCUGAUGUCUCUGAACUCACGCGGCCUGCUGGCCUUUGAGCACCUGAGGAUGCGCAAGGACACUUUCUCCUAUAAAGUAACUAGCACAGUGGCUAGCGUGUGGGAUAAUAUCAAGAGGGUAUUCUCUAGUCAGGCAGACCCAGAGGCUGAGAAGAAGGAGGAGGCUGAUCCAGCAAACCAAGCAGAGACAACAAAGGAAGAGGAAGAGAAAGUAGAAGACGGGAUGUGGGAAGAAACAUUUAAAUCGCACACAGACAGCAAACCUAAUGGUCCAUCUGCUGUUAGUUUAGAUUUCUCACUGCCAGGAGUCGAGCAUGUUUAUGGUAUUCCAGAACAUGCAGACACUCUCAGACUCAAAACAACAGAUAAUGGAGAUCCGUAUCGACUCUAUAACCUGGAUGUGUUCCAGUAUGAACUGUAUAACCCUAUGGCCUUGUACGGGUCUGUCCCAGUGAUGGUAGCCCACAGUCCCCAGCGAACUACAGGCAUCUUCUGGCUUAAUGCUGCAGAGACCUGGGUGGAUAUUAGCUCCAAUACAGCUGGAAAGACUGUUUUUGGGAAAAUGCUAGAUUAUGUUCAGGGCUCCAGUGAGACACCACAGACAGAUGUGCGUUGGAUCUCUGAAAGCGGCAUCAUUGACGUCUUCAUUAUGCUGGGACCAACUCCUAAAGACGUCUUCUCUCAGUACGCCUCUCUUACAGGCACUCAGUCUUUCCCUCCCCUGGCUUCCCUGGGAUACCAUCAGUGCCGCUGGAAUUACAACGACCAGGAGGACGUGAAGUCGGUCGAUGCCGGCUUCGACGAGCACGACAUCCCCUAUGACUUCAUCUGGCUCGAUAUCGAGCACACCGAUGGGAAGCGCUACUUCACCUGGGAUCCGCACAAGUUUGCGACCCCGAAGGAGAUGCUGCAGGGUCUCAUGGACAAGAAGCGCAAGAUGGUUGCUAUUGUGGACCCCCACAUUAAAGUAGACAGCAACUACAAGAUCCAUAAUGAAAUCCGCUCUCUGGGUUUCUAUGUCAAGAAUAAAGAUGGUGGCGACUAUGAAGGCUGGUGCUGGCCUGGAAGUGCCAGUUAUCCAGACUUCACUCGUGCAGACAUGAGAGCCUGGUGGGCCAGCAUGUUUGCCUACGAUCAGUAUGAGGGCACCAUGGAAAACCUGCAUACAUGGAACGACAUGAAUGAGCCAUCAGUCUUCAAUGGGCCGGAGGUCACUAUGCACAAGGAUGCAAUGCAUGGAUCCUGGGAGCAUCGUGAUAUACACAACCUGUAUGGUUUAUAUGUGCAAAUGGCCACGGCGGAGGGUUUGAUCCAGCGGUCAGGAGGAGUUGAGCGACCAUUUGUCCUGACCAGGGCCUUCUUCGCUGGGUCUCAGCGCAUCGGUGCUGUGUGGACAGGAGAUAAUGCUGCUGAGUGGGACCACCUGAAAAUAUCCAUCCCCAUGUGUUUGAGUAUGGGCCUGGUUGGAAUCUCUUUCUGUGGAGCUGACAUCGGUGGCUUCUUCAAGUCUCCCAGCACUGAACUGCUUGUGCGUUGGUACCAGGCGGGUGCUUACCAGCCAUUCUAUAGAGCCCAUGCCCAUCUGGACACGCCCCGCCGCGAGCCCUGGCUGUUUGGUCCAGAAAACACUGCACUGAUCCGUGAAGCCGUGCGCCAGCGCUACACCUUCCUGCCCUACUGGUACCAGCUGUUCUACCGCGCACAUGUGACGGGAGAGCCCGUCAUGAGGUGAUGAUUUUGGUUAACCUGCAUGUAUUGACUGU